CUUACCCCGCACAAUCCCCCUUGCGUCAUUCCAGCUUCGUAUUCUCGAGCUGAACGUGUUCUUUCUUCCCGAGCUCUUUGGCACGGUGUACGGAAUACUGCCCUGAUCCAUACCACAAUGGCUGGAAACCCGGUCUAUAAAACCCUUCUCACGUUGAUGGUUUAUUUUUUCAUUGUAGUACAUGCGGAGCCAGUUCAAUACUGCCAAUUUGGGUACAAUGGAAAGGAAAAUGGCGGAGUCGACUUUUGCAUGGGUGUCACCAUGCACAAGAACCUAUCCUCAAAUGCCGACGAUAUGUACCUGGCCAUGACUGUAACUCGAGGGUCAGAGCGUGGGUGGACAGCGAUCGGGACCGGGUCCGUAAUGGCCGGUUCACUGAUGACAAUCGUCUAUGGAGACCCUCUUUCUGGAGAACCUCCGAUCGUCAGCAUGAGGACGGCAGGUGCACAUCACCAACCCAAGCCGAUAACCGCAGAAGAAUCGGGUGGUGUGGAUAUUCGGCUUCUCGAGGCAAAGUGGCGGACUGUUGGUGGAGGUGACAAACCCACCUCCAGGGCAUCAUCCUCACCAGGUUAUGUCGCUGAAGUGGCCCUCGUCUGCUACUCCUGUAAUCUGUGGCCUGCAGAGGGUAGAGGAAGCAGUAAAAUCUCGGCGACAACAACAUCUCUUCCUUGGAUCUGGGGAUGGAACGAGGACCAGGAACUCACAGGAUUCGCCUACGACUCCCACCUCAUCGGACACAAACACCGCGCCGGAAACGGGGGAUGGGGCAUCUUCUACGUCGACAUGUCGCGGUCUGUUAUUGACGGAGAGAAAGCUCCUCCCGUACCAUCGAUACGGCCCGGUGUUCGCACCCUGGGCACAUCUGAUAAGCCCGCGCAUAGGGCCGGAGAAUCUGCUCCAUUUAGCCAUCACACUGUCGCUCAGAUGCAUGGCUUCCUGAUGGGACUGGCCUUUCUAGUUUUCUUCCCGCUGGGAGUGUUAGCCAUGCGCUCGGGAUCCAGCAAAUCGUUCAAAUAUCAUUGGAUUAUUCAGCUCGUCGCCUCUCUCAGCACCGGCUUGGGAGCCAUUAUCGGUAUUAUCCUGAGCGAAGGAUCGUUCAACUCGCCUCACCAAAUCGCUGGACUUUUGGUAUCAUUCGUACUCGGAUUUCAAGGGAUCCUUGGGUGGAGACAUCAUGUAACCUUCGUACGAGUCAGGCAUCGAACCUGGGUCUCGCAUGUUCACAUCUGGGCCGGAAGGGUGAUUAUGGUCGUGGGCUGGCUGAACUUCAUUAGUGGCAUGCUCCUCGUGGGGAUUGUCGCGCUCUGGGUUAUGCUUGUCGCUGGGAUCAUUGUGACCGAAAUUGUUGGCGUGACUUACUGGGUAUGGGCCAGUAACCGGCGCAAUAUACGGAAGACGCGUCUCGAGGCAGAGGGAUCUGAUGUGCCCUGGACGGCGGAGAGGGAAGGUGAAUAUUUUGCAGUAGGUGAAGAUGAGGACGAGGAGCUGAAUGAGCUGAACGAUCACGACAAGCAUGAAAGUAGUCCGUAUGAUCCCAUGCUUCGCAAACAGGGCUCAGCUUGAUUGCGAGUACAAAGAUGUUCUUCACGCGCUUAUGUGAAUGAUCGUUAAAGCAGGCAUGUUAUCAAAUACAGUCCUGGUAGAUAGACACCGGAAACUCUGAAGAGAUCGAAAAGCAAGCACCCUUGAUAAUCUCCCUCAAUGAAUCACAAAGUAAAAGCCCUAAAUGCAAAAUUCAAUACCUCCUAUUUUGACUACACACCUGCAAACCCAUAUAAAUUCGUUCAUUGUAUCAAUGUUCAGCUCUCCUAAAUCCACCCAUUUCUAACACUCCCACCGGAUGAAGCCAGGAAUCCGAUCCCAACACCUAA